AUGCUCAUAGACCCUUCUACCUUCAACAGCUCCCCGAGCAGGGCAGACAGCAGGGAGGACUUCCCAGCCCCCACUGGGCCCACAACAGCCAGCAGACAGCCCUGGGGCACGGAGAAAGGGGCGGGUGCGAGCCAGUGUGCUCGUUCAGGAGCCCCGCCUCCCGGCGUCGGCGGUUGGCUGUCGCUCAGCGAAGAAAGCGGAAGUGGAGGGGAGGGGCGGGCCGGGCUCCGCCGCGAGCCCAUUGGCCGCGGCCGUCCCGUAGCCUCGCGCUAUUGGGCGGGCGCCGUCGUGCGUCAGCCUGCGCUUCGGGCCGCAGACCGGACCGCUGGCUCGCUAGCGCCGGCCGGUUCCCGCAGGGAGGGUUCCCGCAGCCGGCUGGCGGAGCGGGCGGCGCCGCGUCUGGCCGAGCGCGGGCCGGAGCAGGGCGAAGCCGCCGACGACGGGCGGCGCCAGGCCCGACCACCGGGAGGAAACAUGCCUUCUGAGUCCUUCUGUUUGGCCGCCCAGUCUCGACUUGAUUCCAAAUGGUUGAAGACAGAUAUCCAGCUCGCAUUCACAAGAGAUGGACUCUGUGGUCUGUGGAAUGAAAUGGUUAAAGAUGGAGAAAUUGUGCACACUGGGACAGAGUUAACCCAGAAUCGAGAGCUCCCUUCUAGGAAGGAUGAUGGUGCUGAUACUCAGAAUGGAACCAAGAAAGAAGAUCUUACUGACAAAGAGAAGAAGGAGGAGGAAGAGACGCCUGCACCCGUGUAUAAAGUCAAAUCAAUCCUGGAGAGUUGGGUGUGGGGCAAGCAGCCAGAUGUGAAUGAGUUGAAGGAGUGUCUUUCUGUGCUGGUUAAAGAGCAGCAAGCCCUGGCUGUCCAAUCAGCUACCACCACACUCUCGGCCUUGAGGUUGAAGCAGAGGCUGGUGAUCUUAGAGCGCUAUUUCAUUGCCUUGAAUAGAACUGUUUUCCAGGAGAAUGUCAAAGUUAAGUGGAAAAGCAGCAGCAUUUCUGUGCCUCCCACAGAGAAGAAAAGUUCCCGCCCCACAGGCAGAGGGGUAGAAGGACUCGCCAGAGUUGGGUCCCGAGCAGCACUCUCCUUUGCCUUUGCUUUCUUACGGAGGGCCUGGCGUUCAGGUGAGGAUGCUGAUCUCUGCAGUGAGCUCUUGCAAGAGUCCCUGGAUGCCCUUCAAGCUCUUCCUGAGGCCUCUCUCUUUGGUGAGAGCACAGUAUCAUCUGUGUGGUUGGAGGUGGUAGAGAGAGCCACGAGGUUCCUCAGAUCUGUUGUGACUGGGGAUGUUCAUGGAACACCAGGGACUAAGGGACCAGGAGGAGUUCCUUUACAGGACCAGCACUUGGCUUUGGCCAUCCUGCUGGAGUUGGCUGUCCAGAGAGGUACCCUUAGCCAAAUGUUGUCUGCCAUCCUGUUGUUGCUUCAGCUGUGGGACAGUGGGGCACAGGAAACUGACAAUGAGCGGUCUGCCCAAGGCACCAGUGCCCCUCUUCUGCCACUGCUGCAGAGGUUUCAGAGCAUCAUCUGCAGUAAGGACAUGCCACAUGCAGAAGGGGAUAUGCACCUUUUGUCUGGCCCUCUGAGCCCCAAUGAGAGCUUCCUGAGGUACCUUACUCUUCCACAAGACAAUGAACUUGCCAUUGAUUUACGGCAAACUGCAGUUGUUGUCAUGGCCCAUUUAGACCGGCUGGCUACACCCGGUAUGCCUCCUCUGUGCAGCUCUCCCACCUCUCAUAAGGGAUCAUUGCAGGAGGUCAUAGGUUGGGGGUUAAUGGGAUGGAAAUACUAUGCCAAUGUGAUUGGUCCAAUCCAGUGUGAAGGCCUUGCCAGUCUGGGGGUAAUGCAGGUGGCCUGUGCGGAAAAGCGUUUCUUGAUCCUGUCCCGAAAUGGCCGUGUGUACACACAGGCUUACAACAGUGACAUGCUGGCUCCACAACUGGUCCAGGGGCUCGCCUCCAGAAACAUUGUGAAAAUUGCUGCCCAUUCUGAUGGUCACCACUAUCUGGCUUUGGUUGCCACAGGGGAGGUGUACUCCUGGGGCUGUGGGGAUGGCGGAAGGCUGGGCCAUGGAGACACUGUGCCCCUGGAGGAGCCCAAGGUGAUCUCGGCUUUCUCAGGAAAGCAGGCCGGGAAGCAUGUGGUGCACAUAGCAUGUGUGAGUACUUACAGCGCAGCCAUCACUGCUGAGGGGGAGCUGUACACCUGGGGCCGUGGGAACUAUGGCCGCCUGGGCCAUGGCUCCAGUGAAGAUGAGGCCAUUCCAAUGCUAGUGGCUGGACUUAAAGGACUAAAGGUCAUCGAUGUUGCGUGUGGGAGUGGGGAUGCUCAAACCCUGGCCGUGACCAAGAAUGGCCAAGUGUGGUCUUGGGGAGAUGGCGACUAUGGGAAGUUGGGGAGAGGAGGAAGUGAUGGCUGCAAAACCCCAAAGUUGAUUGAAAAACUUCAAGACUUAGAUGUCAUCAAAGUUCGCUGUGGAAGUCAGUUUUCUAUUGCUUUGACAAAAGAUGGCCAAGUUUAUUCGUGGGGAAAAGGUGACAAUCAGAGGCUUGGGCAUGGAACAGAAGAACAUGUACGUUAUCCCAAACUCCUGGAAGGCUUGCAAGGGAAGAAGGUGAUCGAUGUGGCUGCAGGCUCUACCCAUUGCCUUGCUCUGACAGAAGACAGUGAGGUACACAGCUGGGGGAGCAAUGAUCAGUGCCAACACUUUGACACUUUGCGUGUGACCAAGCCAGAGCCUACUGCACUACCAGGACUGGACACCAAACACAUAGUUGGAAUUGCCUGUGGGCCUGCCCAGAGCUUUGCGUGGUCAUCUUGUUCUGAGUGGUCCAUUGGCCUUCGUGUCCCCUUUGUGGUGGACAUCUGCUCAAUGACUUUUGAGCAGCUGGAUCUCCUACUGCGUCAAGUAAGCGAGGGAAUGGACGGCACCGCUGACUGGCCCCCACCACAGGAGAAAGAGUGCAUGGCCGUGGCAGCACUGAAUCUUCUGCGACUUCAGGUCUGGGCAGUGUGCUCCUGAACAGCCUGAAGCAGACUGUGGUGACCCUGGCCAGCAGUGCCGGGGUUCUGAGCACCGUGCAGUCCGCUGCCCAGGCUGUGCUGCAGAGUGGCUGGUCUGUGCUGCUGCCCACAGCUGAGGAGAGGGCCAGGGCACUCUC